UAUUCCAGCACAACAGUCUAUCCAAUAUGGCUGUCGGCAAGAACAAGAGACUUUCCAAGGGAAAGAAGGGCCUCAAGAAGCGAACCGACCCCUUCGCGAAGAAGGACUGGUACAACAUCAAGGCACCCGGCACCUUCCAGGUCCGCGAUGUCGGCAAGACGCUCGUAAACCGAACCACCGGUCUCAAGAACGCCAACGACGCCCUCAAGGGCCGGAUAGUCGAGGUCUCGCUCGCCGAUCUGCAGAAGGAUGAGGACCACGCGUUCCGCAAGGUCAAGCUACGCGUCGACGAGGUGCAGGGCAAGAACUGCCUGACCAACUUCCACGGCCUCGACUUCACCUCGGACAAGCUGCGCUCGCUGGUGCGCAAGUGGCAAACCCUCAUCGAGGCCAACGUCGUCGUCAAGACCACCGACGACUACCUCCUCCGCCUUUUCGCCAUCGCCUUCACCAAGAGGCGGCCCAACCAGAUCAAGAAGACCACCUAUGCGGCGACUUCGCAGAUCCGCGCCAUCAGGAAGAAGAUGACCGAGAUCAUGCAGCGUGAGGCUAGCAGCUGCACGCUUUCUCAGCUUACCCAGAAGCUGAUCCCCGAGGUCAUCGGCCGCGAGAUUGAGAAGGCGGCGCAGGGCAUCUACCCGCUCCAAAAUGUGCACGUACGAAAAGUCAAGCUUUUGAAGUCACCGAAGUUCGACCUGGGCGCUCUGCUCGGUCUACAUGGCGAGUCUUCGGCGAACGAUUCGGGAGAGAAGGUCGAGCGGGAAUUCAAGGAGACUGUCCUCGAGACCGUCUAGAUUCGGCUUCGCACUAAAAGUGUGGGUUGCUGACGAAUUAGUUGACGACUGGUUGUUGGGGCUCGGCUUCUUUUCUCAUUGGCAUCGGUCAAAGGUGUUUUCUGUUCAAAGGUUAUCAACACAAUGACCAAAAAAUCGAAUCAAGUAGCUUGAACUCAUCACCGGUUUCUGCUAUACGUCUUGGAAUGAGGAGAGAGAAAGCGAUGCCAGGGGAGUGGGGACGGUGAAAGAGGCACGGAGCGAGCGUGUGCGUGCUGUGAGGAUAAUGAGACAGCUUGCCCAACACGCCCCCCUCCCUUCGAUCUCUCGUGAAGCUCGGUCAAGCCAACCGCUGUAUGCCUCUCGAGGCCCUCAAUCCCUGGCCUCCCACACUCUCAGUCCCUUCAAGAAACAACCCUACGAUACUAACCAAACUCGCCCCAC